AUGGUGUCAGCCUUCCUAUGCAAGUUACUCCACUCCCUUUGUUGGGAGGCCAUCGGAAUCGGAUCUGGACGCAGCUUCAUGGUUGGCCUCGGUGUCUGCGCCCCACGAAAAGGAGGCGAUUUCACCCUCGCCUGCUCCAGCGCUCCUUCAGUAAGCCAAGAAUUCAAGAGCGCUCUCGGCCCCGUCACUGUCACCUUCCUGUCGCCGCAGGUAACUUCCUCUCCAACCCCUCCUGCUUCCUCCGGCCGCAGAAGGAAGAACGCCCACUGUCAUCUCUGCGACAAGCGCUUCGAGAGUCGCUACAAGUUAAAGAUGCACGUCAAUACCCACACGGGUGCUCGGCCCUUCACGUGCGACGUGUGCGGCAAAGGCUUCAUGCGACGGACCACCCUCAACGCACAUCGAACCAUCCACGACGCCUCCCAGUUCUCGUGUCCCACCUGCAACCGCCCCUUCAAGCGCUCGUCCGAAAGGCUUAUUCACAUCCUGCUGAAGGUGUGUCUACGGAAGCAAAGAAUCCUUCGUCGGACAACCAGCGGCUGGUUUUGUGAUGUGUGCAACGAAGGCGUUCCCCAGCCGGAGGAACAUCGGUGUCCUGUCAAAGGUCGUCGACGUCAGUGCCCUGUCUGCGGGAUGGACUUCGGCGGGCAGCGCGACCACAAGAUGUUGACUCAUGUCCGCCAGGAUCACCCAGAGUUCCUGGCUUCGUUGUAA